CUCACCCCCACCCCUGCUUGGAAGCCCGAGGGAGGAGGGUGGAAGCCACCUGUGGGGACUUAAGGGGCGAGACCCCAAGCGCGCCCUGGGAGCGGUUAACCCUCUUUCUAGGGAUUCAAGACCACCCGAGUUGGGAUGCUGUUUAUGAGAGAGAACUGAGAACAUUCCAAGAAUAUGGAGAUACAGGAGAAAUCUGGUUUGGGGAAGAGAGUAUGAACCGACUUAUAAGGUGGAUGCAGAAACACAAGAUCCCAUUGGAUGCCUCAGUACUUGACAUUGGAACUGGAAAUGGUGUUUUCCUGGUUGAACUUGUGAAACAUGGUUUCUCUAAUGUAACUGGGAUUGAUUAUUCUCCUUCUGCAAUUAAGCUUUCUGCAAGCAUUCUAGAGAAGGAAGGACUAUCUAACAUUAACUUGAAGGUAGAAGACUUUUUGAGUCUUUCCACAAAGCUGUCUGGAUUUCAUGUUUGUGUUGACAAAGGGACUUUCGAUGCCAUAAGUCUUAAUCCUGACAAUGCAGUUGAGAAGAGGAAGCAAUAUGUGAUGUCUCUCUCCAGGGUGUUGGAAGUAAAAGGCUUUUUUCUAAUAACCUCUUGUAAUUGGACCAAGGCAGAGUUGCUAGACGUGUUCAGUGAAGGAUUUGAGCUUUUUGAAGAGCUGCCAACACCCAAGUUCAGCUUUGGAGGUAGAUCUGGAAACACUGUAGCAGCUUUGGUUUUUCAAAAAAGUGAGACUUCCUUGGACAAAGUCAGUUAGCUUUCUAGAAGAAACUUUACAGCACAGUGAACCUGAUAGAGAAGAAGCAAGUACAAAUAGUGCUUAGUAAGUACUUAGUAAGCACCAAGGCUGCGCAGAUUGAGUACAGAUAAUGGGGUGGUGGGAAACCACAAGUAUGGGAAUCACUAUUCAGAUAUCAACUAAGAAUAAUUUAAAAUUGUAUUUUGUAUUUGACAUAUAUAUUUUUUUUCUUGUAUUUUAUAGCAGUUUUCUGUAACUAUUAAACAGUUGAAAGCCUCAAGGCAGUAUGAAUUUACAGGAAGCAUAUAUUCUUUUUGUGUGUGUGUUUAUAAAAGUAGAAUUGAAAAUGGCUUUUAUGAAGAUUCGACCAAGCUGUUUCAAGACCAGAAUAGUUAAGAAUUUUCUUAUGUGUAAUAGACUGUGAAGUAUGUUAAGCAAUGCCAUUUUGUGAUGAUAACUUGGAGAGCUCCCUGAUUGUCAUGUUAUUAAGCAAAAUCAGAGAAACUGAUGAAAUAUUUUUAUUUACUUAUUUAUUUUUGAGACAGUGUCUCACUGUGUAGCUCUGGUUGUCCUGGAACUCGGAGAUCCAUCAGCCUCUCCCUCCCCAGUGGUGAGAUUAAAGGUGUGAGUCACCACACUGGUAACUCUCUAGUCUUUACCCUGUGGAGGAGAGAUGGGUAGUUUAAGGAGAUAGAAUAGUUCCAUGUUAACUAAUGAUGUUUUAUUAAGUCAUUGAGUCCUCCAGGUAUUUUCCCAAGGUUUUACUUGUUUAUGCAUAGGAGAGCUGCAGCCAAGAGUGAAGACACUUUUGAUGAUUCCUUUUUAUUUUUUACAUCCAUUGGUGUUUUGCUUGCAUGCAUGUCUGUGUGAGGGUGUCAGAUCCCCAGGAACUGGAAUUGCAGACAGUUGUGAGCUGCCAUGUGAAUGCUUGGAAUUGAACUAGGACCCUCUGGAAGAGCAGCUAGUGUUCUUUACCUCUGAACCAUCUUUUUAGCCACUCCCCAUAUUCUUAUUUUAAUUUAAAAAGAAUUAUUUAAUGUGCAUUGGUGUUUUUGCCUGCAUAUAUGUAUGAGGGUAUCAGGUCUUGGUGAUACAGACAGUUGUGAGUUUCCAUGUGGGUGCUGGGAAUUGAACCCAAAGUCCUCUGGAUGAGGGCCAGUGUUCUUAACUGUUGAGCCAUCUCUCCAGCCCCUAAGUGAAGACACUUUUGCGAGGCCAGAUAGUACCUAGUGAAGCCAAAAUUCAUAGUUGGGUCUGGCUGACUUUAGAAUUCUUCUUCUAACGUAGUAGUCUACUCCCAGGUGCUAAAUCUUUGUCUUUAUAGUAUCUAAGUCAGUGCUACAUACAAAAUUCAGGUGGACACUUACUUUUAGGAGCUGUGUAGCCCUUGGUUAGUGUUGAUCACUAACAACUGACUGACUAGUCCUGGACUGUGGACUUUGAGAAUAGUGAGUUAGUUACCUGAGUCUCAUGACAUCCAUUAUUACUUUUUACUAUCUCUCUUUGUUUUGAGGGACUGUCCUUUCCCAGGAACUGAAUUUUAUGUAAAGCAUGACACACCUGUAGUCUUAGCACUCAGGAGGCUGAGGUAGGAGGAGAAACUGGAGUUAAAAGGCUGGACUACACAGUGAAACCCCUUCUCAAAAAAAAAAAAAAAAAUGCCAUGUCAACAUGAAGCCCUGAGUUCAGACCCCUUGCGCCUGUGUAAAGUGCUGUGUGCAGCAACAUUGCUUAUAAUCUCAGUGCUGCUGAGUAGAGACCAGAGACCCUGAGGCGUGAUGGCCAGGCAGCCUAAGUGAAUCCGUUGGCUCCAGGUUCACUGAGACUAAAAUAAAUCCACAAAAUAAGUCAUAAAUCAUAAAUUAAUAAAAUAAGUUCACAAAAAAUAAAGUUGAGGACGACCGAGAAGGAUCCCUUGUUUCGCAUUCAGUGUAGUGUCUGCACCUAAAGCAACUGCUUUCCCAACCGGCAUUGCAGCUCGGCACCUACCAGCAGCAGUUCUGAUGCCGCACAGCCAGCUGGGAUAUCCGUUCCUCAGGCACCGGCUCUCUCAUGGCUGUUAAAGGAAACUUGAUCUAAAUCUCUAUUCUAAAGAAUUCAGGAUUCAGAGUUUGAGGAGAAAUCCUGCUAGCUCAGAGAGGCUGAGUAGCAAGUAGCUAAACUCCUCUCCUUCAGGUCUCUUGAUAAAGGGCCAUCCUUCUGCUCAGCCCCCACCAAAGAACCCUCGCUUCACUCACUUAACCAGAUUAAUUUUAUUUAAUCAAACAAAUGUGACAUAUCUGUGCAUCAUUUACAAAGGCAGAAGCAAAUAUAACAUACCUUUAUAACUAAUAUUCCACAACAAUACCUGAUGAUCUCUGACUUCUACAUGCAUAUCCUUGUGCAGUGCACACAUGUCCAAGCAUACACACACAAAAGAAAAGUGAAAACUGAGUUUUGUCAUUAUCUUUCUGUGGAAGGGGAUUGUCAGUUGUGUGAACUUAGAGGGAGUUAGAGACAAGGUACUCUUUCUAACAGCUGGUUUAUCUGGAGGGCAUUUAUAUAUUGAAAAAGAUAAAGUGUAUUGUCUAUAUAUAUCUAGUAUUUAAGGAAACGGUAUUUGGGAUAAUAUUUUAGCAUUGAGUCUUAAUGUAUUUUUUUUUUAAUUAUGUAACUUUGGGAGUACUGGGAAGCAGUUAAGAGCACUUGUUGCUCCUGCAGAGUACCUGGGUUUUUGCCUAAAACUCACGUGUAGUAACCAUCUGUUACUCCAGUUUGUAGGGGUCCAAUAUCUUCUCUUCUGGCCUCUUUGCACACCAGACAGGCAUGUAGUGUGCAAGCAUUCAUGUAGACAAAAUAUGCAUAUGUAAAAUAAAUUUUUAAAAGUUA